UUUAGAUUUUAUUUGUUUAUUCUGGAUAUAUAAUUUUCAGGUUAAAUUUUCUGUAUAAAUUGUUUUAGAAUGAACGCUACACACCUGUGGAGGGGCAGAGGCAUCUAGAAGGCACCGUUGAAGCAGCGCAUCAGAUUCUUGCUUCCAUGAAUCAAGAGCUCUGCAACCUCUCUCUCUGGAUACCCCCCACCACCAGAGACCACGACCCCUCCGGUGGAAGCGGAGGCGGUGCACUGGAUGACGCAAGGCUCCACUACAAAAAGUCUGUCGAUUCACUCAGGGAUGUCAUUUCUCUCAUCUCCUCAUCUCAGACUAAACCACACGAGGGAGAUACCAUAAUGGGAACAGAAAAUAAUGGAGAUCAAGCUGAGAUACAAAUACUAGAACAACGGGCUUCAGAGCUCAGAGAGAAGGUUACCAAAAAGAAUCAUCAUUUGAAAGUUCUUAUAGACCAACUUCGAGAUCUUGUCAGUGAUAUUUCCAUGUGGCAGAGUCCGACCUUAUGAUUUUGUUUGAAUUAUGACUUUCAUUGAAGAAAACUGGUUUGACAAUGCUAAAAAAAUUGGGAAUCAAGUACAGCCAAUCGCUGCAAUCCUAUUUCUCCGCCGUCAUGAAAUUUAUGGUGGAUUUGCUCCUCAGGAAAUUGCAUUUGGGACAUGAUGCGACUUGCAUCUGAUUGAUAUUUAGUAUAGUGGUAGAAUUGCAUGCAGUCAAGCGUCUUACAUGGUAUCCUGGGAAAUCUAUAUAUAUUUUGUUUUGAACAACAUAACUGUAUUCGGAUUAAAUUCUUAAAGAUGCUAUUUCUUUGCUCCUGAAUUCAUUUUCACCCAAUAUCAGGCAUAUUACUUAACCAAAAAUUCAGCACACAUGUUCGGCAAAUGUCAUUUUGAUUGUAUGAAGAGCUUCAAUAGCGUGUGAAAACGUGUCCUAGUACCAAAAGGGACAGUUUUAUUUUC